AUGAUUGUUGUGGCUCCUAUGGAGAUUCGUGUUUUCUCUGAUUUGGUGAACAAGGCUAGAGUUGUGGAAGAAUAUGCAAAGACAGUAGCUUCGUCUAAAGUCACUCAUGGAGGAAACACUAGUAGGGGACGUGACAAGCACUUUCAGCUGAGGGGGCAGAAUUUCAAGAGAGGAGGACAUGCGCCUCAAGGACAAGGAGGCUUCAAAAAGAACCCUUAUAAUCAGUUUCAGUCUGCCAAAGGAAGAGGAAAUCAGAGUAAGAUUUCUCCAGAUUUGACUUGUGUGCAUUGUGGUAGUUUUCAUCCACAUAACUCUUGCAAGAUUGGUUUAGGUGGUUGCUUCAACUGUGGUUUGCCUAGUCACAUUGCGAGAGAUUGCACUCAUGGGAGGAACCCGAAUGCGGGUCAAAUUGCAUUGUAUGAUACUGGAGCUUCACAUUCGUUAAUUUCAUUUGACAAAGUUGAGGAACUAGGCUUGAAAGUGUCAGAAUUGGCAUUUGAAUUGCAUGUACAUACUUCGCAUCAGACGGUUAUGACAAAGUCAGGUUGUAGGCAAUUUAUGUCGAAAGGAGAAAAUAGAGCAGUGAUAGCUGAGGGUUAUUUCCUGAACUCUGUAAUAGUGCACUGUAGCGGGGAAGAGUGUCAGGGUUAUAUUUUGUUGACUGCUAAUGCUUUGGGUGAUGCCUUGAACUUAGAUCAAAUUCUGAUAGUUAGAGACUUUCCAAAGGUGUUUCCGGAAGAUAUUCCUGAGUUCCCUCCUCAAAGGGAGAUUGAAUUUACGAUUGAAUUGGUGCCGGGAGCUGGACUAGUAUCGAUUGCACCGUAUAGAAUGGCUUUGAUAGAGCUGGCUGAACUAAAGAAUCAGUUGGAAAAGCUUCUGAACAAGAGGUUCAUCUGA